GAGACUACCCACAAAGCCAGUGUCUUACUGAGCGGUAAAAUUAAGGUAGAAAAUGGUCAGAUUUAUCAAAAUCCAGUCACCUGGCUCAAGGAUCUUCUAGGAGGCAACAGUUAUGUGACUUGGAAUUAUGCUUGGAGUAAGGUGACAUAUCUGGGGAAGGAGCUUUUAAAGUAUGUUUCUGAGGAAGUACCCGUAUCUGCAGAGCCAAAUGUGGUGCUUCAGCAACAUCAGCCUUGUCUUCCAGGAACAUCCAGAGAGUCAAUGCAAAGCAUCCCACCUUAUCUACAAAUAAAUGAAGUACUGUUAAUCAGUGAUCAAGAAUUUCUCCCAUGCCAUAUAAUGGAUCAACACUGGAAGUUCUAUGUGGAAUGUGAAGAGCUAACAUUCUAAACCUUUGUUUUUGUAGUAAUUUAUUAGACAUUUGUUCAUAUUAUUAACCCACAUUAAUAUUUUAUCUUACAUAGGCUGGAGGGCCUAUUUUAAUAUACAUUUUAUGAGUUGCUACUUAAGAUAUGUUUACUGUUGUAAGAAAAAAACAUAAUUCA